UCUCUGUCUCUCUCGUCUUCCCCUCUCCCUACAUCAUAUACUUGCAUCCAAGUCUGCACAAAACAAUCUUCCAACACUUUUUUCGUACUCGUAAACCUUACUUUAUAAAUGAGAGAGUGAUAGAUAUAAAGGUGCAGAUACAGAAAGAGAGAGAGAGAGAGAGAGAGAUAGAGUGAUGCAUGGAGGAUACACAGAAAAGGACUCUGCAAUAGAUGGAGCUACAGGAAUAAGCAGAUAAAGAAAGGGAGACAGACAGGGAUAGGCAGAAACAAAGACAGAGAAUGACAGACGGAGAUGGAAGAAAGCAGGGAGAGUGAGGCAGGAGGCAGCCUGGUGGAUCCAUAAUUUCAGACUAUGAUGUUGAUUUUAUUUUGUCGGUGUGUGUGUGUGUCUUGUGACUUUGAGGUGACUUAGCCCAUUUAUCAUCAGACUAUCGAGGAGCCAGUGAUAUGAGCAGUGCAUUUUUGUUUGUUUGUUUGUUUGUUUGUUUGUUUUUAAAUCAACCUCACGCUGAUUUGUUGGGAGAACGUUUGUUUGUGUCUGGUCUGCGUUUGUGAUGGUGUGACCAGAGUCACUACCAAAACUGUGUUGGGAGAAGAAGAAGAAGAGGGGUGGAGGCGGGCGAUAUUAGCCCCGCCUCCCCUCGUCCCUCACGUAUAAAAAGGAAGGGAACGUAGCCUGUUCUCACUCAACACACUCGCACUGAAGAAUGAGAUCCUUAAAGCACCUGAAACCUCACAGCAAGAGGAGCGUGGAGGAGGCGAGCCGGCGCCUGGGUAGAUGUGAGCCCAAGGUAAUGGCCAGGCUGGUGGACAUAGGCACACAGACAGAUCCAGUAGUCGUGCUGUCCCUGGCCCAGGCUGCCGUGCUAGGUCUCAUCUCCCAGAAUGAAGUGUUCGGCGCUACCAUUGCACCCAACGGCUUUUACACCGGCGAACCCAAAGAGUCCCCCGCACAACAAGUAGACGGAGUCGACUACGAGUACGCAGACCAGCUUAUCGGAGCCAACGGAGAUUACCUAGGAGACAACUUGGGCGAAGACGGACAAAUGCAACCCAGCUGCAGUCAGAGGAGGUGGCAGCAGGGGCCCCCUCAACAUCCGGACACAAAAAUGGUCGGCCCCGAUCGUCACAGCCUUCAAGGCGGUGACGUGUCCUCAUCCCAUGUGAAAGGGGAAGUGGUGAACUCUGGAAUGUCCUCCUGUGUCCACAUGCUUAACAAUUUGGCACCCAGAGGUGGUUUAGUGCAAGUGGAUCCAGCCACCCUCAGAAGCGCCAGCAAGAACUGUACAGAGUGUGAGCGGGAAGGCUCCAGUCAGCCGCAAGCCAACACACACGUUCACCCUCCUCCUCCCCCCCAGGUCGGUCACAGAGUAGGGGAACAGGGCCACCGGGGACUGCAAGGCCAGCGCCCCAUGGGGGGCCACGGUCGAGGUGGCAGAGAGGCGGAAGAAGAGGUAGAACACCAGGGGAACAACAUGAUGAAGCCCACACAGCAGGAGGAGGCCAUCAGCAGCUACUUCCAGACCAGCGAAGUGGGCAGCUAUGAUUCGGCGGAAAUGGGCAUGGCCAGCGAGUACGAAAACGGCGGCAGCCAGAACAUGAUGUGGACCGACGGGAGCGCAGGAGCACCGCACCAGCAGCCGCCGCACCCCCAGCCUCCCCGUCGGCACGGCGGCCGCCGAGUGGACCGGCUGGAUAUCAACAUCCAGAUUGAUGAAUCUUACUGUGUGGAUGUGGGAGACGGUCUGAAGCGCUGGAAGUGCCGCAUGUGUGACAAAUCGUACACCUCCAAGUACAACCUGGUCACGCACAUCCUGGGCCACAACGGCAUCAAACCACACGCCUGUCCGCACUGCGGGAAACUCUUCAAGCAGCCCAGUCAUCUUCAAACCCACCUGCUGACCCACCAAGGCACGCGACCCCACAAGUGCACCGUCUGCAAGAAGGGCUUCACCCAGACCAGCCACCUGAAGCGGCACAUGCUCCAGCACACCGACGUGAAGCCCUACAGCUGCCGCUUCUGCCGCCGCGGCUUCGCCUAUCCCAGCGAGCUGCGAGCCCACGAGGUGAAGCACGAGCGCGGGCGUUGCCACGUCUGCUCGCAGUGCGGCAUGGAGUUCCCCACCUACGCGCACCUCAAACGCCACCAGACCAGCCACCAGGGGCCACACACCUUCCAGUGCACCGAGUGCAACAAGUCGUUCGCCUACCGCAGCCAGCUCCAGAACCACCUGCUGAAGCACCAGAGCCCGAGGCCUUACACCUGCUCCCAGUGCGGCCUGGAGUUUGUGCAGCUACACCACCUGCGUCAGCACUCGCUCACUCAUAAGGGAAUGAAAGGCCACAAGUGUGACGUGUGCUCGCGGGAGUUCACCCUGUCUGCCAACCUGAAGAGGCACAUGCUCAUCCAUAACAGUGUCCGGCCCUUCCAGUGUCACGUCUGCUUCAAGAGCUUCAUCCAGAAACAGACCCUCAAGACCCACAUGAUCGUCCACCUGCCCGUGAAGCCGUUCAAAUGCAAGGUAUGUGGCAAGUCUUUCAACAGAAUGUACAACCUGCUGGGCCACAUGCAUCUCCAUGCUGGCAGUAAGCCCUUCAAGUGUCCUUACUGCACCAGUAAGUUCAACCUGAAGGGAAACCUCAGCAGGCACAUGAAGGUGAAGCAUGGCAUGGAAGUCUCACCAGAAGGACAAGAUGUUCUUCCAGAAAUGGAUAACCAGGGGGAGUAUGAAGGACAGAACUUCAGCUUUACAUCACAAGACAAUAUGGACAAUGGUGGCUCCCAAAACCUCACUAAACUCACUACGGCAAACAUGGACGACAUGGAGGAGUAUUACAAUUUCGGGAAGGAUACAAGCAGCUACACAACACCUUGAGUGGUGAUGAACCGGAGAACAUGCUUCGGGGGGGGGGGGGGUUGUCAAAGCUUUGGGAGACACUUUGGACGGGGUUUUCUUUUUUGGUUUGGCCUCCUUCCAGAAGAGCCAGAACUGAACCGCCUCUGAUGGGAGGCCAGGAAGGAGACGCACUUCAAAGGAGACGUUUCUGUUGCUGAUAGCAGAGACACUGAAGCUGUUGACGCUGGUCUGGAGCUCCUUUUUUUUGGGGAUUACUACGCUAAGCGACUCAAAGACUCUCGCCGGCGGACAGUCGAAUCUGUAUGUUGUGUGUAUGUGUCAGUUAUUUGAAGAAAACAAAAAAAAAAAAAGUUGCAGAUCCAUCAGUUACAUUUGAUGUGAUAGAAAUCUGUUUACCAUUUUGCCAUUCACAACCAAUGUAUGCCCUUAUAUUUUUGUCUGAAAGUGCCAGCUAGAUACAUUUGCAACUAAGCUUCCACCGUGUCAGCUAUUUACUCACUGUAUAUCGAACCUUUGAUACAUAGUCACAACAUUAUUCAUAGGUUUGAAUGCUCUUACUAAACAGUUCCUAAUUGUAGUUACCCAUUCCUUCCCGGCCCCUCAGUUUAAACAGGUCUUACCGGGGCACUUAGUACCAAAGUUGCAACUGUCCCGUGUCAGCUGAUGCCAGAAAAAAAAAAAAACAAUGUUAGCGACACGCGAAGCCCCGUCACUGUACAGAUGAUUCGGUUCUGCAACAGACAAUGUGUUUACCCACCGUUUUCUGUCUCACAUGGUUUAGCAUAACAUUAAUAAUCUAUUCCGUGUAGUGAAUAUACUGCUCAAAGCUUUCGAAUUACCCAGUGAACAAUACAAAGCACUUUUUUUAUUGAGACCUGCCAUUUUUCUGUGAGAGUGAACUCGUUUGCCUCAAGGAGAACAGCUGGGGGGGGGGUAAUCUUCCAAACCCUCAUUAAUGGCAAUAUUAUUAAACACAAACGGAUAUGCUUUCUCUGUAGUUAUUUCCUUGAUAUGGAUAUUUCACAGUUGUCAGUUUAAAUGUGAAUUGAAGAAUUGUGCAGCUUGUGUGGAGAAUGAGCAGUAUGGGGUUUGUUGUUGUUUGUAGUUCCAGCACUCUUUAAUUCUGGGCUGUUUUCACUUCGCUUUCAAUUCACUUAAUUCAGAAAGAUAUUUCCCCACUCAAUGGGGAACAGAACACUGAGAGUGGAUAUCCAAUCUGUAGAUUUAGAAAGAAGAAAAGGUCCAGAUUACAUGUUGUAUGAUUGAAUUGAAAGUGGACUGACUCUAGUUCUGUUAUUCAUAAUUCUGUUUUGGGGAAGACAGUCAGCUCCCCCUGUCCUGCCAUGCAGGUCAGCCUUGAUAUGCACAUUAAACCAGAGGGACGGUCUGCAGGACUGCUUCUUCUUUGAGAUGAGGAAUAUCAAACGGAGACCUCAUGGAAAUUGACCAUGAAUUAUUUAAUAAAGGUUCUCUAGUUUAAA